AUGAUAUAUAGGUUGAAAUCAACAUCUCGAUGGACUUGUGCUCCAUGGAUCCUGGUCCUCCCCAUCUCGCAGCUGCUGAAGCUUCAACUGGUUCUCAAAAAGACUAUCUACCAGAUGCUGAUGUUCGGCGUGGGCACAUGCAUCAUCAUCACUGUGAUUAGUAUCAUCCGCUUCCCCGGGCUCCUCCGGUACUCGUUCACCACAAUCCUGAAUUACAACAACUUUAUGGUCGCGAUCUACUCCAUCAUCGAGUGCAAUGUUUCCAUCAUGUGCUGCUGCAUGCCUGCAGUCCUCGCCCUCCUACGACGUACGUACCCUCAGAUAUUCGGAUCGGCCAGUGGCUUCUACGAGCGCAGCGAUGAACCCAACAAGCCACACUCGCUCAUGACCUUUAGUGGCAGUGGCGUAACUCCCAAGCCCAAACGUGGCAUACAGAAGAGUGUGACGAACACCGUCAGCUACGAGACCAAGCCAGACGACGGGUCAGAUUAG